GGAGGCGCGCGCGUGGAGGCCGCGACUCGACCAUGGCCGCCUACUCGGCCCGCGUGGGCCCCUCCAUCCUCAACAGCGACCUCGGCUGCCUGGCGGCAGAAUGCCGGCGCAUGCUCGAGUGCGGCGCCGACUACCUGCACCUGGACGUCAUGGACGGGCAUUUCGUGCCAAACCUGACGUUUGGCCACCCUGUGGUGGAGUGUCUGCGCAAGUCGCUGGGAACAGAGCCCUUCUUUGACAUGCACAUGAUGGUGGCCCGGCCAGAGCAGUGGGUAAAGCCCAUGGCCGCAGCAGGAGCAAACCAGUACACUUUCCACUUGGAGGCCAUUCAGGGCCCUGGGCCACUCAUCAAGGUCAUCCGUGACAAUGGCAUGAAGGCGGGUCUGGCCAUCAAGCCAGGCACCACUGUGCAGCAGCUGGCACCCUGGGCUUCCCAGGUGGAUAUGGUGCUGGUGAUGACUGUGGAGCCUGGCUUCGGAGGGCAGUCAUUCAUGGAAGACAUGAUGCCCAAGGUGCAGUGGCUUCGCUCCCAGUUCCCGUCUCUUGACAUCGAGGUGGAUGGUGGCGUGGGGCCUGACACAAUCCACAAGUGUGCAGAGGCUGGAGCAAACAUGAUUGUGUCGGGCAGUGCGAUCAUGAAGAGCGACGACCCGCGCUCCGUCAUCAGGAACCUGAAGGACGUGGUGAACGAGGCCAUCGUGAAGCACAUGCUGGACCGAUGAGUGGCAAGUCGCAGGAUGACCCGGGCCACGCACCGGGCUUCCUCUUGGACUGCCAAACGCGAUUUAUCGAGUCAUUCCUAAUUGAUACGUGAAAAUAAAUUUGCUUUAGUUUGUUCUUAAAUUUAAUCGAACUGAAUUUGCAAAUGUACAUUCCCUUUGGUUUGGAGUAAAGUGGCAGAUAUUGUAAAAAUAUUAAAUACUGAUUUUCGAGAUUGUGACGCAAAACUUGACUAAAGGAAUUUGAAGCUGUUUCAGUCUUUCAAUGAGUGAUUUUCUUUAACUACAUUCUUUGUUUUUAUCCAGUGUUCAUUUAAUUGUCCAAUUGAAUCUAAAUUUAGCUUGUCUGAAUGAAUACACAUACAGCCUCUGUAGUGUGCCAGUCCGCUACUUGCCUAAUAUUUGCUUGACCUGGAAAACGCUUGUCAUGGUCAUCAGAAUUAAAAUCAGAUAAAUUUUUACUCCUUAAGUAACGAAUCACCCGUGAUAACUGCUAAUUUACAAAGUUGAAGUGACUUUUGAUAUCCGCUUCCGUGGAUUGUUCUCCAAAGUGAAAAGUUGUGCUGCUGUUCGUUUCGUGACGCCGAUUGCACAAUUGGGGUAAAUAUUGAAAAAUUUCAACCACACAAACCAGGAGCCAGCAACCUGAAUUCUGUCAUUUGUUUUGGCUAUCAAGAUGCAAGUUUUUUUCCAUCCCGACAGCAUUAAUUCACAACGUGGGGAAAAUGAACCCAUUAAACUGCCACUUGGUACUGCUCUAAAAACCUGCAAUCUGCCAAUGCCGUUGUGUAGACAUCUGUACCCCCCAACACCUGUGAUCACCUGUUUUGUAUGAAGCCUACAGCACAAUUGUCAGGUCUUUUCAGAUGGGCAGUGAAUUCUCCAAGCCCAUUCGAUGUUCAUCUGCCAACACCAGGGAGAAAUCCAUGAAAACCUAAUAAGUACAGCUGGUGUGACUAAUCAAUAAAAAUGUUGAUGAGAAAA